AUGGGCUCUACUUCGUCUCCUACUUUCCCGCCUCUGGAUCCGAUUGUCGUGGACGACGACAUGGUAAACCCAUACCGGGACACCGACAUGGACUUCUUGGAUACCGCGAGGCUACAAUUUUCGUCAGAGAAUGCUGGACAGGACUUUGACGAUUUAUUCUCGCGUGCCUCAUCUUCCCGUACGGUCGCGGAAUCAAAUCCACCAUGUCUCUCACCGUCAGAAUUGUCGCUCAAAAGGUCAUACCAGGAUCACGAGCCCUUGCGGCAUCCCGAAGUUUUCACAUCAGACUCACCCGCUGAAUCACCGGAAGACUCGAGCCGGAGCUCGAGUUCUGAAUCGCCCCGAAACCACCUCCGAAACCCAUCGGUUGCAUCCUCCACCUCUGCGGUACACAGUGAAAACACAGUCAUGCCUUUCGGUUAUACGGCCGAGGACUGGGUAAAUACGGAUUACGACCAUGUGAAGGAUGAGUCCUUGUUUGGAUUUGACGCUUCGCUUCCAAAUAUUGAAGGCCCCUAUUCUGCGGAAACCGACCUUGAAUCGAGCAACAAAGCCAUGGACGCCGCUUUUGACUUCGAAAGUGCUGCCAGCAGCCCUAGUCCUCUGAAGACAGGAUCCAUCUCUCAAUCCAGGGUUCAUAAAGGCUCAAGAUCGCGGUUAGGUGGUGCGCCUGGUUCCGCGAAACGGAAGUCUGCUUCGCCACGGAUUCCCCAGACAACUGCUCCGUUCAUUUCCCACAUCUCAAAAGACACACACUCCCCGUUCCAGGCUUCAAGGAUGUCUCAAGUGAAAUCACCAUUAAGUCCAUGGGACGGAAAGUCACCCUCGUCUUACCUUGAGGAGAGUUUCGGUGGUUUCAAUAUGAACGGCGGGUCACAACCAAAUCCAGACAUCAACUUUUCCACCAACAGUCUUCCUUUUGGUUUCGGAUUCGUACCCCCACCCGCACAGAAAGCCUUAAACCCGAGUCCUGCUCACCAGCCCAUCUUAACUGUUCAUCCGACCUCUCUCAAAUCACGCGUGGAGACGCAGAUACCGAUCAAGUUGACUUUAUACCCAUUACCCUAUGGAGUUAAAAAGCUACGUUUGCCCAGCCACACGAUCUCAAAACCCAAGUUCCUAGCACCACCGGCCACCGAGCGCUCCGCUGAUACAGUUGAGCUGCAUACGAGCCUCUUUUGCACAAGUGCUUUACAAGACAAGGAGAAGUUGAAGAAAGCGCUAGCGAAGGCGAGAGGCGAACCUAUAUAUCGCUCAUCCAGCUCCUCACCGAUGGGUAGCGAUGAGGGACCGGAUGAUGAGAAACCUUUGGAAGGUGGAGAGGUGAAGAUAUGCGCUGGCUGCAUACAACGGGAGCGAAAGCGGGCUUUUCGAAAAAAGCAACGGAAACCGGAGGAAGAUGAGUUGUUUCAAAAGCAUGAGGACAAGCGUGUUAUUGUCUUCAACACUCAUGAGAUCAAGGAUUGGGCUGAACCGUCCAAAACCACCAGUUCAAGCGAAGGUUCGGUAACUAUCCCAGGUGCUAUGCAGGUGGAGCUGCCAAUGCGGAUAGCAUGCUACUGCAGGCACCAGAACGAGAAGAUUGGAUUCCAGGUUAUUUUCACGCUGAAGGACUACAAGGACAACGUUAUAGCUCAAGCGAUCACGAACUCAAUCAUGAUCACAGAUGAUCACAAGACUCAUGCACCUUCGGGACCUCCUGCUCCUGGCCCGCCUCCCGCUCUUGCGGAUGGAACCGAACUUCCAGGAGUCGGGGUAUUUCCAUCCGGUCCUGCCCUCGAUGCAGGUAAAUCGCCCGCCUCUACUAAGCAGUCGACUGGGUCCCCUUCGGCGACAGAUCUGCAGGGACUUCAACAAAGACUUAACUCGCAGUACCAACCUAGUCCUAGUCCUUUCAUGGAUUCGACGACUGCUGGGCCGUCAUCUAGUUCGCAAGCUUCUCGGAGCCUAUCUCGACAGGCGUCUCCAAACGACUUCCAAGGGCCGAUGAGUAAACGACGAAAACACAGCAAUUCCAGUAGACUCCCAUCGGAACUGACCAUGACCAAACUCGAGCCGGGCCAAUCUUCUGCGAGAGCUUCUAGUAAUGAGCCUCAGUUCCCCGCUCCUCGUGGGUUCGCAUCCCCCAGCGAGAGACCGUUUGUGACGCCCGCUGCCAUGUCGAACCAUUUGGGCAAUGGUCCGCUCACGCCGACAAGUGGAGACAGCAAUCCAUUCUUGACGUCUAUACAGCAGCAGAAUUUGGACAACUUCAUUCAGCAACAAUUGAUGUCUGCGCCAAACUCAGCCCAACCGAGUCGUCCUGGCACCCCGAGUGCGUCCGGCAGGAACAGCUUCCAAGACCAGAAUCUGAAUAUUGCAAUCGGCCCGUCACCGUCUACACAAAUAUGGCCUGGCAUCACUAACGCUGGAAACCGGUUGCCUACGGUGAUCCAUAAAUUGGUUCCAGCGGAGGGUUCAGUUACCGGAGGAACAGAGGUAACGCUAUUAGGCAGUGGCUUCUAUCCUGGCAUGGAGGUAGUGUUUGGUGAUACUCUCGCAACUACGACUACAUUCUGGGGCGACAAAUGCCUCAACUGCCUUACCCCACCUGCCCUUCAACCUGGCCAGGUGGUCGUUCUGUUCAAACAUGAACAUCCAAGCUUUAAUCAGCUACAAUCUCAAUCUCAACCAUUGCUUCCCAAGCAACAGCAAUAUUUCCGUUAUGUGGACGACCGUGAAUUACAGAUGUACCGACUGGCGCUGGGGAUACUCGGUCACAAGUUAGGGAACCAAGCAGAUGCUUUCCAAACCGCUCAACAGAUCAUGGGUAGCGAUUAUAAGGGGGCCUUUAACCUCCAAAAAGACUUCCAAGGCUCCAGUGGAACUCAGCGUCAAGUUCCCGGAUUGGAGUCUCAAGGAAAGCUUGGUGACAUGGACUCGAGAAUGCUAACUUUCUUGGAGUUUAUCGACCUCGACGAUAACCCUCGCCCGCCGAGGUAUAACAUGCGCUGUGCCACCGGUCAAACUCUGCUCCACUUCGCGUCUUCGCUGGGUCUUACGCGUUUCGUUGCUGGACUUCUCGCUCGAGGUGCGGAUCCAGAUGUGCAGGAUAAUGUCGGAAACACAGCGAUGCACCUUGCAGCCCUAAAUGGCCACGCGCAUAUCGUCCACAGACUCCGACUUGCUGGGUCUAGCCCCAAUGCACGCAGCAUCAGGGGUUUCACUCCGGCCGAUCUUGCCAGCACACUACCUGCUCACCAAGCAGCUUUGAUACCCGCGCGCCACUACCGUUCGCGCAGUGUUGGCUCGUUGGCGUCGCGUCGCAGGCAUAGCAGCUCGGCAUCUCUCCAUUCUCUCUGGGAGUCCUCCUCGGCUUCAGGUUCUUUCGAUUACGCUGUCGACGAUUCUGAGGAUAUAGAGGAUGAUGACGAGCCGGUUCUCACCAUUUCUCGCCGAUCAAGUGUCCACCAUGAUGUCUCUGUGGCACUUCAGACGGCUGAACAGGCCACAUCGGAUGGCGAUGCACGUGCCUUCUCACCGCCGGCCGCACUUGUUGCCUGGCGCAAUCAGCUCCAGGCGCAAAUCAAUCAGUUCCAACAGAGCGUUGCUAAUGCCUUCCCUAAUCUUCCCGCUCUACCGCCAAUGCCCGCUCUGCCAGACUAUCACGCAAUGCGCCGCAUCACGAACCUUGUUCCGCAUAGACCUACCUCCUCACGCGGGGCGAAAGAGGGCUGGUGGGAUAUGCUGACCGGUAAUUCCUCACCGGGUGCAACGGAGCUACCUUCGUAUGACGAGUUGUAUCCGCGUAAAGAGGGCGAAGACGAAGAAGAAGCGACGCGAGCAAAGAAGACCAGCAUGGUGCAGGCAGCAGCAGAGGCGGCUUUGGAUCAACACUUUGAAGCGCAAGCUGGUUCUUCGAGAACCACUAGUGAACAGAAGAAUGAGGAUAUCAAAGACAUCCGUAUCGGUCGGAAUGUCAUAUCCCGGGAACAACAGAAGCAUCUUAGAGAACAACAAGCCCGACGAAUGAAGGGUUUGGCUAGUGACAGGAACCUGUACUUCAUCUGGAUUCCUCUUCUAUUAUUGGUGAUUUUCGCAUGGGCUCGAAGCUACAUCCCUGGCAUAUCACAGGGAUUUUCUGAUGCAUAUGAUUUCCUUAAGAACCGCUCUACACAACGCGUCUUGGAUAUUGGCGCCUAG